AUCCUGGAGAACCAUAAGUUCACCAAGGAGUCCCACGCCAAACUGCAAGCCCUCUGGCUGGAAGCGCACUACCAGGAAGCGGAGAAGCUGCGGGGCCGACCCCUGGGGCCGGUGGACAAGUACCGGGUGAGGAAGAAGUUCCCACUGCCUCGCACCAUCUGGGACGGCGAGCAGAAGACACAUUGCUUCAAGGAGCGGACGAGGCAUUUGCUGCGGGAGUGGUACCUGCAGGACCCUUACCCCAACCCCAGCAAAAAGCGGGAACUAGCUCAGGCCACGGGACUUACCCCCACGCAAGUGGGCAACUGGUUCAAAAAUCGCAGGCAAAGGGACAGGGCGGCAGCCGCUAAAAACAGGUAAGGUGCUACCCGUCCCGUCGGGGC